GAACUCCUGACCUCGUGAUCCACCCGCCUCGGCCUCCCAAAGUGCUGGGAUUACAGGUGUAAGCCACUGCACCUGGCAGAGUGGGCGUUUUUAAAUGAAGCAGUAGUCCUUUAGUUUGAUAAAAUUGAGCUGAAGUUACACACAGUAACUCCUUGACUUGUUUUUGACGGUGGGCUUUGUAGGGAUAGGUGGUGUCUGAUCUCAACGGUGGAGAAACAGGAAGUUUCGGGAUUCAUGCUAAACUCCCAUUCCACAGGCGAGUUUCACAAAAGAAAAAGUGCUCUGUUGCAUACAAUUACUCACUCUGAGUCUACAACGUGGCAGAAAUUAUUCCUAAAGGUGACCGAAGAGAGCUGUAGUUUAUGGGGCCAGAAGCAGUGUGUGGAAUCGCAAGGUAGAGACAUAACAGCACUGCCAUAAAUCUCUUUCUUUCUUUCCAAAUGAGCUCUAAUUUUAGGCCCAACGACCAAAGACGGAGAGGCAGUCGCUUUGAGCUACUCCUGGCCAUUUGUUGGGAAAUCACCUAAAUCCGUUCAGGUUUAGCCAGAAGAGGGGAAACAAGCCUCUCUCGCCGGCCAAAUUACGGCCUUCGUCGCUUUCGGCUCCCCAUUGGCUGCAGCCGCUGUGGCCCCGCCUCCUUGCGUGCGUGCGGAGCUUUGUGAUGCGGGACUUCGUGACGCACGCCCCGAUGCCUCCGGGGCUAUAAAAACGCUCGCAAGCCUCAACCCCCAGGAGCCGCCGGCAAGGGGACAACGAGGAAGCUCUUAAGAGCGCAGCCGGAAAGCAGUUGACUUACAGACAUCCUGCCAAAAUGAUUUCUUCAAAGCCCAGACUUGUCAUACCCUAUGGCCUCAGGACUCUGCUCGAGGGAAUUUGUAGAGCUGUUCUCAAAACCAACCCAUCAGACAUCAAGCAGUUUGCAGCAGCUUAUUUUCAAGAACUUACUAUGUACAGAGGGAAUACUACUGUGGAUAUAAAAGAUCUGGUUAAACAAUUUCAUCAGAUUAAAGUAGAGAAAUGGUCAGAAGGAAUGACACCACAGAAGAAAUUAGCAUGUGUAAAAGAACCAGAAAAAACAUCUGUAGAAUCUAAAGUACCUACCCAGAUGGAAAAAUCUACAGACACAGACGAGGACAACGUAACCAGCACAGGAUAUAGUGACAAAACCACCCAGUUUCCAUCAGUUUAUGCUGAGCCAGGUGCUGAGCAAACUGAAGCAGUUGGUGAUUCUUCUUCCAAACCAGCCACCCCUAAGGCUACUACCCCACCCUCAUCACCACCUCCAACAGCUGUCUCACCAGAGUUUGCCUACGUCCCAGCUGACCCAGCUCAGCUUGCUGCUCAGAUGUUAGCAAUGGCAGCAAGUGAACGAGGACAGCCACCACCAUAUUCUAACAUGUGGACCCUUUAUUGUCUAACUGAUAAGAAUCAACAAGGUCACCCGUCACCGCCACCUGCACCUGGGCCUUUCCCCCAAGCAACCCUCUAUUUAUCUAAUCCUCAGGAUCCACAGUUUCUGCAGCAUCCACCAAAAGUCACUUUUCCAACUUAUGUGAUGGGCGACACCAUGAAGACCAGCGCCCCACCUUUUAUCUUAGUAGGCUCCGGUGUUCAGGAAGCACAGGGAUGGAACCCUCUUCCUGGACCUGCUGCUGUUUCACAGCCAGAUGUCUUGAGAUGCGUGGCAAUGCAAGUGCCCAUUGCUGUUCCUGCAGAUGAGAAAUUCCAGAAACAGACCCUAAGUCCCCAGAGUGCUAAUCCUCCAAGUGGACAAGAUGUCCCCGGGCCAAAAAGCCCUGUUUUCCUUUCUGUUCCUUUCCCAGUAGAAGAUGUAGCUAAAAAAAGUUCAGGAUCUGGUGACAAAUGUGCUCCCUUUGGAAGUUACGGUAUUGCUGGGGAGGUAACCGUGACUACUGCUCACAAAGUUCGCAAAGCAGAAACUAAAAACUGGUAGGUAUACUUUCCUACCAUAAUAUUUAGGCCUUAACACAUGUGCGUUUUAAGCAUUUUGAUUUGCUGAGCUGGAGAUUUAGAUAUUUAAAAAUAAGAUAAGUUGGGUAAUACUCUAAUUUCCUUGGGUUAUUGUCUCCAACUUCCUAACCACCAGUUACUAAUAAAUGCGCAGCAGGUACACUGCACCACAAUGACUCAUGCCCAGGAUUUGAUGCCCGAUACAUGAAACUAAUGAACUCAGUUGUCUUUGAAAUACCUAGUCCGUUGUCUAACACAGUGGUAGCUGCAAAAAGGGGAUGGAUUUUUAAAACAGGACAAUUUAGUUGGCAUGUUUAGGGAGUAGGGAGGAGCUGGGAACAACUGAAGAGCAAGGUAAGAGAGAAAAGUCUUAAUUAUGUAACGGAGCACUUAAUCCAUGUGGUAAGAGGCAGUAGACGGACAGGAGAGAGGCAGAGUAAAGAGCUAAACAACAGCUGAGAUUAACUGGAUGAGACGGUUUGAUCACUCACAAAUCAUUUUUAAAUUUUUCAUUCAUACUUAAUGCCAAGCCUUAUUAGCCCUUCUCCCCUAUGUGUGGACAGUGGAGUGAGCAAAACAUGGGAUAUACAUCUUAUAGGGGGAGACAGACAAAAAAGUGUAUUACAACAUGUGAAGUAUUAUGGAGAAAACAAGGUACUGACACAGGCCUGCCUUUGUCACUAUUAGAAAAGGUGUUCAGGCUCUGAUAUAAACUGACACCCGAGCAUGAGAAGGAGCCAGCUUUGCAGGGUGCGCCCAGGCUGUGUCCUAGGGCAGAAAAGAACACGGGGGUUCCAGAGACAGCAAAGUAGGCCACUGUGAGACUGGCUGGGACGGAAUGGGGAGAUUGUAUAGAUUGAAAGUUCAAUGGGAAGCCAGCACAAGUGUUUUAAGCAGAAAAAUGAUUGAUAGAAUCAGAUUCCUGUUUUUAUUAGAUCCUUCGGGCUGCUAUGUGGAAAACAAAUUAGCAGCAAGGGGGAGGUCAACAGAGGAAGUGGGGAGAUGAGUUGAAAGCACAGAAGUGUUAUGCACCAGUUACUUACUUAAAAUAAUUAGUGGGAAUUUUAAGUUGAGCAUCUGAGAGAUGGACAAAAGCUAGAUUUCAUUCAUAAGCAGGCUCAAGGACCAGUUACUAUAUUUUAAGGAAAGACACAAUUAUCUUAGGGCUAGGUGCACUUCUUCAAACUCUUUAUGGACGUCUAGUGGAACUGCCAAAAUGGCUGUUUUCAGCAUGAAAUUGCUGGGAUAUUUCAGUGCAAAAGCCCACAGGUAACUAGUUAAGCUUAGUCACAGAGCAGGAGGGUAGACCUUGCAUUUCUGAUCUUCUACUCAUUUCACAUGUUCAGUUUCACGUGUAACUUGAAACAAUUCAAUGUUUGCCUUAUUCCUAACAGAUCCGGAAAUGACACUGUUUGGGUCAACAUUUCAGGGAGGAGUCUGCCACCAGUGUAAUGUAUCAAUAAACUUCAUGCAAGCAUACAAUUUUGUAUUGCUUAUUUUUGUAAUUGAGGACUACAGCCAGCCAACCAACCAAACACAAAAGGCCUAUCUUUUCAGACUUAUAAAGCAAUAGCAUUUUCCAACUCCUAUGUAUAUACUUCUAAA